AUGGUAUUCAACUCGUUGACUGAGGCUCCUCACAACCUCAAAGAGGGCAUUGACUGGUUGGUGGCCUUGAAGGGAGACGAUGCUGAAAGCAACAUUGCUGCUUUGGGUGCUGCUAUUUACAACUUUCUAGUAGACAAGCCUGUUGGACACACGGAGAUACCAGCUCUCGAGAAGGUUAAACUUAAUGCUAAAGAUUUCAUGGGGCAAAGUGAGCUUAGGGGCCUGCCUUAUGUGAAGGAUUUGCUGACUAGGUACAGCAGCCCUGUGAAAAAACCUACUGGGUUGGGUAAGGUUUUCAACAACGUAGAUGAAAGUGAUUAUAAAAACGUCGUGCAAACCAGGAAGAUGAAGCCUGAAAAAAUCACACAGUAUGUGACAGAAGCUAUAAAUGGUUGCGAAAAGUUCCUGGGAAAGAUCAAGACUCCUGACCAGUAUGAAUCUGCUUACGGUAAAGAAGCGACGUGGGAGGCAUCAUGUUCCGAAAAGCCGGAAGAUUGUGCAGCCGUAUUCGUGGGUAUUGCGCCUAUGUUGUAUGCAGGCCUACGUUCUUUACGGAGGGCGAGCAAUGUAAGCCCUUUGCAAUAUAUUGGCAUUAGAAAGAAGCCUGAGGUGGGAGGUAUAUUGACCGCAAUGGGUUACGAGGAGUCAUAUAGGCGCUCUCCAUUGAAUGCUAGUAAUGUUUUCGCGGCUUUACAAAGUGUAAGUCACCGAACGUUGGUUACGUUCUACGACCUCUCUGGAUUCUGGGCUUUCUAUGGAUCUGGUAAAAUAGGUGCUGUGAGAGAGGAGCAGCCUGUGGAACCUGUCAUCCCUGAGGCUGAACCAUCCGUUGACGGUGAAGGCGAACAGUCUGUCAUCCCUGAGGCUGAACCAUCCGUUGACGGUGAAGGCGAACAGUCUGUCAUCCCUGAGGCUGAGCCAUCCGUUGACGGUGAAGGCGAACAGUCCGUGAUCCCCGAAGCUGAGCCAUCCGUUGAAGGUGAAGGUGAGCAGUCCAUGAUCCCCGAAGCUGAGCCAUCUGUCGAACCCGCAGGUGAAGAGCCUGUUAUCCCCGAGGCUGAACCAUCUGUCGAGCCUGUGAAACCUGAAGUAGAUGACGUUGAACAACCGGUGAAGAUUGCGAAGGCUGCAAAAGUGGCAAGGUCUGUAAAGGCCGCCAAGAAAGCUGCUAAGAAGGUUUCCAAGAAAGCCCGCCAGAAAAAGGAGAAGAAACAGAAAAAGCAGCAAGAACAGCAGGAAUCCGCUGAGCAGUGA